UCCAACAUCAGGUGCAGAGGGCAUGGGUGGACAGAGAGUCCGUGCCGUCGGUGCUGUGCUUUUGCCUUGUUCUGACAGUUCUUGAAGUGCUCGUUAGGGGAGUGUGGGAGAGGACAUUUCUCGUCUCGUCUGGCCGCAAGACGUAGAAAUUCCGUAAUAUAGGAAUUUGACAACGCGUUUUAUCACAGUAUUUCUGCAAAACAAAGUGUGGAUUCCCAAUAAGAAGGAGAAAGUUGAGGAAACCGGUUCCAGAAUCUGCUUUAUUUUCCAGAUCAGACCAUGUAUUGAAUAAGAAUCUUGCUAUCGGAAUUGUCAGGAAUAUGCCUUCACUUCGACAGAAAGUAACAACAUAUUUUCGUCAACUGAGUUUCAUAGGUGACUCUAGAGAUGGAGCAAGGCACUCAGGUGUACUUAGUCCACGGAAAGUCGAUGACGGUACUUUUAUUACAAAAUAUUUGGAAGGGAGAAUGGACAGUGUCUUUUCACCCGGGCCAGAUAUCCAUCACGGCAAGGAACCGAACGAACUACCUGAUUUAGAAGUUGCUUGUUACCCAUCGGGAUCACAUACCGUAACAGCUGCAUGCACUGGUCCUGAUGAAGGUUUAACAGCGGUCCGUCGAUCAAAAUUGCAUUUAAGUGCUGGAUCUGAUAUAGAUUUCAUAGAUACUAACUACGAUCAAGAACUUGAAGUCCGAAAAAGCACCACAAGCCAACAAAAACACAAAUUUAGCAAUGCUAAAUAUCGUUCCGACCAAAAUGCUAAUAAAACUCCGUCAACACGCCAAAGGAAGAACUCCCGCACAGGCGAGCUGCCAGCAGAUAAACCAGAUUCAAAAAAUGAGAAGCAAACCUCCAUUAACGUGGUUGUGAGUAUGGUGAGUAAAAGACAAAUCUCCAUUGAUACAAGCGACGGUACCAAGGCUGAAACCCAAACAAUCACAGAUCAGCUAGAUCUCUUAGAAAGUGUGAAAGUGAACGAUAAUUUCGGAAUGGACAGCACUCUGAGUAAUGCAGCACAAAUGCAGCAGAAUUUAAGUGAUUUAUGUUUCAAUCGAAAUGAUGUCGAAAACGAAGCCAAUACAUCACCUUCAAUUACAAAUCCUCCAACUGAACCCAUCGCCGGAGUGGACAACUGGAAAACUGAAACUGAACACGCUUAUGGCAUUUCGGUUUCUUUAUACGAAAACAAUUUCCUCACUAAAGAACCGAUGGGAAAUCCUAUAGCUGAUUGUUAUGGGCUCGUAGUUAGAGGGAAUUCGUGUGCCAUGGCUCUGGCAGACGGUGUUAAUUGGGGUGAAGGAGCCCGUUUAGCAGGCCGAUCGGCGGUGCAAGGAUGUUUGGAAUAUUUAAAUACUGCCAUAUUUGGAAUGGCCCAGAGCACUGCAGCCAAUUCAACUCGAGACGUAUUCGUAAGUCUACUACGCAGUUUGUGGGAAGGUCAUGCAUGCAUAUUGGAAACUGGCGGUGCACUUAGCACACUUACAGUGGUGGUAGUUUUGCCGUUAGGGGAGGAACACUUGGGUAAAUAUGUAGUAUGUUCGUGUAAUGUCGGAGACUCUCUAGGAUAUGUUUAUUCGAAGAAACAUGGAGUUCGGGAAUUUACACAAGGCUCCCAUGACAUCUCAUCUAUGCGUGAUAUGCGAGACGCCCUUGGGGCAAUAGGACCCGUCGACGGAAACAAGCCAGAACUGAGCAAUUUAACAUUAUCCAUGACGAUCGUCGAAUCCGGUGACAUUGUGUUUCUCACGUCAGAUGGAAUCAGCGAUAAUUUUGAUCCCGUGGUGGGGAAAUUCGCAGAAGCGUUUUCAACGGAAAAGAAACAAAUAGAACCACAGUUAGCGCCAAAGAGACAGAACAAAAGUACCUCAGCUUUGCAUCCACGCACAAAAGAAGAGAAGCAAGAAAAACGCUAUUCCGUUCACAACCAACCAGUAAGCCACGCUAGUGGCAGCAGUAGUAGUAGUUCAACAAGCAAUCAACCACCACAGCGACCACCUCGAGUUAAGAAAUCCAUAAGUGUUUCACAUUCCCAAAAGUCGGCCAGUGGAAUUGAAGCAUCUGCUCGUCCGAAAUAUCUAAGAUCUCACACAGUUAUUGAACCUCGAACCUCACACAAAUCUACUCUUAAGUUUUCCCGUUCGGCAGCUGGCCUGCCUAUCGUUUCUGCCUACCAAAGGCAUGCACUGACUUUGCUCCGUCUAGAAGAUUUACUUAGUUACGGAAUAAACGGAACUCUACGUCCGUGUCCAUCGGCUCGAAAGUUGUGCCAUCUUCUUGUUGAUUUUGUUAAGAUGAUCACAGCAGCUCGACGUAAAAUGCUUGAGCAACGUGAAUUGUUUUAUAAAAUUGUAACCGAUCCAGCGACAGGUAUUCGUCGUGAAGUAGAACUCACCAGAGUACAACAUCGUGCAGCACGAAAAAGGAUUGUAGAAAGCACAUUGUUUUCAUCACUGCCAGGGAAAUUGGAUCAUGCCACGGUUGUUGCAUUCACCGUUGGAUCUGGUCUUCAAACGACCGAAUUCAAUGAAACCAAUUUUUAGUUUGAUCUUUUUUAAAUAAAAUUUAUGGAAGAAAGUGUUUAUCCUUAAGGUAAUUAUGUAUUUUUCUUUUAAAUUUUGUGAUAGUUUUUAUUAUUCCUUUUUAUGGUAUAUAUACUUGGCAUGUAUAUUAUUUUUGGAAUUUGAAUAAAUACCUUUAGAACGAGUAA